UGCAUGGAGAGCUGCCUUCUGCGGCGCUGGGCCCCGGCGGUCCCCCGGUGUCCCUCCAGCCUGUUCCUGGCCUUGCGGCUCCUGGGUUUGCUGUCAGUGUCCUGGGUCGUGCCACCGGCAGGAGGACAGUCAGUGACCCACACUGGCCUCCCCAUUAUGGCUUCCCUGGCAAACAGGGCCAUCUCCUUCAGCUGUAGAAUCAACUACCAGAAUAUCCCAGAAUUCAAGUUCUUCACUGCCAGCUACUAUCAUGUGGAUCUACAGGGUCAGAAAAGCUCAGAGAAGCCAAUCAGCUGUCAACACAGCCCUGGUGCGCCGAAUCAGACUGUGGAUUGUACGGUCAAACUCUGGCUCCCAGACGCAUCGGCCACGGGCACCUACUACUGCUGCAUCCAAUGGCAGAGCAGCACCAUUCAGGGCCAUGGCACCUUUAUCCUGGUCAGAGACACAGGGUACCAGCAACCCCCACCCAGCUCCCAGAAGGCCUUGUACUUUGGCUUCACUGGUCUGCUCAGCGUCCUGAGUGUACUGGUCACGGCUCUGCUACUCUGGAAGAAGAAACAGAUGUUGGUUCCAGGUAAGCACCGCACCAGGAUGGGCCCAGAUCCCAAGUCUGCCAGCGGACCCACGAAGCCUCCAUCAGAACCUGUCUACACAGCCCUGCAGCACCGAGAGACCGAAGUCUAUGACCAGAUCGAGACCACAGCUGGCAGCCAGCUCUCUAGCCAAGACCUUCCCCCCAAGAAGAAACCACAUAGGUUUGAGGAUGACAACGAAUUUAACAUGGUCUAUGAAAAUCUCUAGGAGGAACUCUAUAGACCGAGAGUCUUGCCCUGCAUCAGAAGCCUGGGACCACCCUUCCUGCUGAAGGACCUGAUCUGGACCAGGAGUAAGGCCCCCAAGACGUGGCCUUACCCUCACCUUCAAGGUCCUCUUUGCUUUGGCCUCGCUGGCUCCCGGUGGACAGCAUCUCAACCUGAAUGUUUCGCGUCUCUGGGCCUUUGCCUGCUGUUCCCUGUGCCAGGCGGGCCCUUCUUCCCUUUGCCUGUGGGUAAACUGCUGUGUGGUCCUUCAGAGCUUGCCUGGACACCAUCACCCUUUUCCUGGGGCCCUCUUCAGCCCGCAGAACCGUGUUUAUAGCUCUCUUGGCUCCAGCCUGUACUUGGUUCACAAGCAGACUGGGCCCUUAGUGCCGUGCCUAAGCACUGAGCCACCUUACUUCCCUACCUAACCAGCCCAAAGGAAGGCACAAGGUGUCCACAUGCCGGGUGGGCCAGGAGAGUGGUGAGGGAAGGGGAGAGGCAAGAACGAGGGCACAGAGGGUGGCUGGGCCCAGGGCCAAAUAUAGAGACCAAGGAUGUGGCAAGUGGUGAUGGUCAGACUGGGGACCUAGACCAGGGAGGGUCCUUUACACCCAGGUAGGAAAGGGGGCUCUAGCCUGUUUGGGGUGCAGAGCUGACUCACAUGAGGAAUGAAGCCCUCCCCUCCUCCAACAAGAAGCCCCUAGCUGGUGUCCCAUCAGUCUGGGUGGGAGCACACUGUGCUAACUGCUUGCCAUCCUGCGCUCUGUAGGCCUCCAGACCCUCUGCCCGGCCAGCCCCGGCCCACCAUCGGCGACUUUAUCCAGCUGUCUUUAUCUGCUUUGGGCCCAUUGGGCCCUUCAGUGGGUUGAGGCCACUGCGCCCA